CCGCGGAGGCACCGGCAGUCGCAGCUAGAUAGGCACCAGUCGCGCACGGGCCGCUUUUCCACUCCGUGCAUAAUCUUGAUGCGUGUGUCUCGCGGUUAGUUUUGGUCCUCGCUUCACUGUCAGCCCGCCGCCACAAUGCACCGACACCAGAGUUUUGACAGCCAGGGCGAUCCAAUCGAGUAUUGCUAUUCUGUCGGAAGCACUGAUGCCUCGAGUGGGUGCUCAAGCCCGAGGACCCUGAUUCGGCCUUCAAGCACCUCAAGCAGCCCGGUGUAUUUGCAAAACCCGUACUCGUCAGGACACACCUCGCCCGUGAAUCUCCAGUACCUGCAGCACGCAAGACACGGCAGCAUGUCGCCCGAGGUGCCCAACAACCUGGGCGGCCUGGCGAUUUUCUCAUUUGUCAGCGCCGAGAGCAAUUUGCAACUGCGGCUCUCGUUCCCCGAGCUGCAGCACAGACUGAGGGAGGCGGUGGCCAACAGUGCCCUCCUCAGGGGAGGAAUGCUCCUCGACUCCAGGGAAAAAGGAGUUCUAUUCCCAAUGGUGCACUUCACGGAAGACAAGGAAAUUUUGAAAAUGAGGCUUCACCAGCACGGAACGCUCUUGGACGAUAAAGCCCUGGGAUCCGAUUGGCACCUCCAGCAAGGCGUGUACCGCGAAGUGAGAAACAUUAUUCCGGACCGGUCUCCUGGACACGAGACGGAUGACGACGAGUACAGCUACAUCCUAAUCGGAUUCAAAAGCUUAGACACGACCUUCAGUCAGGUGAUGGUAGACUCCUGGAAAGACUGGACGGGCGCCCGUUCGAUAUAUUUGAACCUGCCAGACGAACUGGGCCUGUCGCGGAUCAGCUUCUUCCAUAGGGAGACGCCGGAGGACGUGCGCCUUUUCAUGUACGUUGUGCUGGUCGAGUGCCGGAGCGCCGGGACGCCCGAGCGUGCCUGCCGCCUGCUCGACUUCACGCAGCGGCUGCGCGUCGAGCGGAUGGCCGGCUACGUGUCCGUCUACGCGCCCCUCCGCAGGUCCACCCUGGAGUCGUCGGCCUCGGUCAAGGUGCUGCCGCCCGUCGUUCAGAAACACGGACACAAAUCGCGCAACCUGCUGCAGCACCUCAACGCCAGCCAGUGGGCCGCGUAGAACACGACACCACCUGACUUGAUUGUUUUUAAGCUUUCCUGUUUCAUCAGAGGGGGUGAUACACUUUGUCCAAAAAGAAUUUGUCCUAAACUUUUUGCUGACUGAGCACCAUUUUGAUUUUAUUUUUAAAUAUUGUUAGGGUGCUCUAAUAGUGUCCAAAUAAUCAAGUUUGACGGAUAAAUGUGCCGGAAAAUCAGGGCAAAUCAUCACCAUAUUGGAAAAAUUCUAUUAGGACAAAGUACUCGCUCCCCAUCAGAGAUUACUAGGAAUUAAAUAAUAUUGGAAUUGACUAUAGGGCUUCAUUUUAACCUCAAAUAAGGACGAUGUAAAAGUGCCUAACUGUUAAAAAGGUGAUUUUUCGAAAUAAUACAAGGGUCGCAUCUCGCUUUCAGUAAAACUAGUUACUAUUGUCUAAAAAAUUCCAAGCGCCGAGUUGAUUUUCGACAACUGAAUGUCGUUGAGUGCCACUGCUUGCUUGAGUUCGUCGGCCAACAUUGCCGCCUCGGCGAAUCCGGUUUCGCAGGCGAAGACGAUGCAUUUCUGAAUAAAUAAAAUAAAAAACACGUGUUUAGCCACGCUGGAAACGUUGUUGACGAGAAAUAAAUAAAAGUAUUUACCACAGC